GAGCGGUCAACUUCCCUAACGCGUGCUCGGUCUAGCUGGUGAGGUGUCAGUCAUGGCGCUGUCCUCGGGACUGUGGCGCCUUCUCCCGCUGCGUCGCAGAGCCGAGCAGAGCGUCUGUCAGCUGGCCAGGACCUGGGGCAGCCGUGGGCACUGUGGCGCCCGGGGGUUCCGCGGCUCCGAGGUGAUAGGAAACACGAGAUCUUUCAAGAGAGGCCUUUUUUUCUCAGCCUUAUCUUAUUUGGGUUUUGAAACCUAUCAAGUCAUUUCUCAGGCUGCUGUGGUUCAUGCUGCAGCCAAAGUUGAGGAAAUACUUGAGCAAGCAGACUACCUAUAUGAAAGUGGAGAAACGGAAAAGCUUUAUCAGCUGCUUACACAGUACAGGGAAAGUGAAGAUGCAGAGCUACUGUGGCGGUUGGCACGAGCAUCACGUGACGUAGCACAGCUUGGUAAGACUUCUGAAGAGGAAAAAAAGGUUUUGGUGUAUGAGGCCCUAGAAUAUGCAAAAAGAGCAUUAGAGAAAAACAAGUCAAGCUUUGCUGCUCACAAGUGGUAUGCUAUCUGCAUUAGUGAUGUUGGAGAUUAUGAAGGCAUCAAGGCUAAGAUUGCAAAUUCCUACAUUAUCAAGGAACAUUUUGAGAAAGCAAUUGAGCUGAACCCUAAAGAUGCUACAUCAAUUCACCUUAUGGGUAUUUGGUGCUAUACAUUUGCUGAAAUGCCUUGGUAUCAAAGAAGAAUUGCUAAAGUGCUGUUUGCAAAUCCUCCUACUUCCACCUAUGAGGAGGCCCUGAGGUACUUUCACAGAGCAGAACAAGUGGAUCCAAACUUCUACAGCAAAAACUUGCUGCUUUUAGGAAAGACAUACUUGAAGCUAAACAACAAAAAGCUCGCUGCUUUCUGGCUGGCAAAAGCCAAAGGUUACCCAGCACACACAGAAGAAGACAAACAGAUACAGACAGAAGCUGCUCAGUUGCUUACAGGUUUGUGACAAGAACUGAGAACUUUUUGGAGAAGGCAACAACAUACCUAAUACAAAGAUGACACCUUAACCAUC